AUUCUUCAGAGUACUCUGAGCACAUGAAAUUGAUAUAAGGUUUUCAGACAGUACAAAUUACCAACAUUAGUAUUUUGUUGUACUCCGUUGUACUCCAUACAUGUUUAUAUUAGAAGUACAAAUUAAUGCAAGGCUUAAAAUAACUUGACACCUUUCCUGUGAGUCUCACACAGAUGUUCCUUCAACCUCUCCAUUGAGUUGUGCAGUGUUUUUCCGUGCUCCAACAGAAUGGAGUUCUUGUACUCCAGCUGAACAGUGGACUCUAGAGUAAUCUUAUCUUUCGCCUCAGUUUCAGCCAGGGAGGACUGGACGUUCAACAAAACAUGUGUGUGAGUGCAGGAAAAUGGCAGAAUCCAGUAUUUCAGUAGAUCAGUUCAGCUGUCCAGUGUGUCUGGAUCUCCUGAAGGAUCCAGUAGCUAUUCUCUGUGGACACAGUUUCUGUAAGGUGUGUAUUAAUGGCUGCUGGGAUCAGGAGGAUGUGAAGGGCGUCUACAGCUGUCCCCAGUGUAGAGAGACUUUCACUCCAAGGCCUGUUCUACGCAGGAACAACAUGCUGGCUGAAGUGGUGGAGAAACUGAAGAAGACUGAACUCCACGCUGCUUCUCCUGCUCACUGGUACACUGGACCUGGAGAUGUGGAGUGUGAUUUCUGCACCGGGAGAAAACGCAAAGCCGCCAAGUCCUGUCUGGUGUGUCUGGCCUCCUAUUGUGAAGAUCAUCUUAAACCUCACUUUCAGUCUCCUGCCUUUAAGAAGCACAAGUUAGUGGAAGCCUGUGCAGAGCUCCAAGAGAAGAUCUGCUCUCAGCACGACAAACUGAUCGACAUCUUCUGUCGUACUGACCAAAGCUUCAUCUGUUACUUGUGUUCGAUGGAUGAACAUAAAGGUCAUGAUACGGUUUCAACUAAAGCAGAAAGAAUGAAAAAACAGAAUGAGCUACAGGAGGAGCAGAUGAAAUCCCAGCAGAGGAUCCAGGAGAAGCAGGAGAAGGUGCAGGAGCUGAAACAGACUGUGGACACUAUUAAGAUGCGUUCACAGGCAGCAGUAGAUGAGAGUGAGAAGAUCUUUACUGAGAUGAUCAGCUCCAUGGACAAAAAGCGCUCGGAGGUGAAGGAGCUGAUCAGAGCUCAGGAGAAAGCUGAUCUGAGUCGAGCUGAACGACUCCUGAAGCAACUGGAGCAGGAGAUUGCUGAUCUUAAGAGGAGAGUCACUGAGCUGGAGCAGCUUUCACACACACACGAUCACAUCCACUUCCUCCAGAGUUUCCCGUCUCUCUGUGUUUCUCCUGGAUCUGAGGACUCACCCAGCUUCACUGUCCAUCAACAUCCCUCAUUUGAUGGAGUGAGGAAAUCUCUCUCAGAUCUGAAAAAACGAGUGGAGGAAAUCUGUGAGGAGGAAUUCAACAAAAUCCGUCCACAAGCUGCAGCAGUUCAGAUGAUUUUACUCUCAGCACCAGAAUACAAUUUUCUGCAGUAUUUCUGUUAUCUGACUCUGGAUCCCAACACAGUAAAUCAUCGCCUCAUUCUGUCUGAGAAGAACAGAGCGGUGAAGCGCAGUGAGAGAAAACAGCGAUACUCUGAUCAUCCAGAGAGAUUUAACUCCUUGUAUCAGGUGUUGUGUAAGGAGAGUGUGUGUGGACGCUGUUACUGGGAGGUGGAGUGGAGCGGUGUUGUGUACAUAUCAGUCUCAUAUAAAGAGAUCAGCAGGAAAGGACGGGGUGAUGAGUGUGGGUUUGGACUCAACAGUCAGUCCUGGAGUCUGCGGUGUUCUUCUUCCUCUGUCUCUUUCUUCCACAACGACAUUGAGACUGAUCUCCGAGGUCCAGCGUCCUCCAGAAUAGGAGUGUAUGUGGAUCACAGUGCAGGAACUCUGUCCUUCUACAGUGUCUCUGACACGAUGAAGCUGCUCCACAGAGUCCACACCACAUUCACUCAGCCUCUAUACGCUGGGUUCUGGAUGUGGAGUUCUGACUCGACUGUGAGGUUCUGUGAUCUGAAAUAAAAUGUUGGUAAAAGUUUUUAGUAAAAUUAUAACUGACGCGUUA